AUGGCGGAUGGACAAGCCAGGUUUCGACAGGCUGUCAGACGCAAGGAAUCGAUUGCGAAGUCAGAAACUUUCGACUGCGGAAACUGUCAGACACAGGCAGACAAGCCAGUGAUGAUGUAUCUAGCUAGCUGCUUGGUACUUGGUAGUGAUAGCACUAAGCCGGGUACCCGAGAGGAGCUGACCCAGUUUUUCGCCAGUAACCGGGGCACCCAGAAAUAUCUAGUGAGUACUAAGAAUGAGGAGGACCCCGAUCGGUCCAGUCAAGGGGAGGGGAUGGCGAGAUCCAAUGAUAGCCGCCCACGUCAAGGAACGGGAAGAAAAAAAGGUGUCUAG